AUGAAGCAAAACCAGGUCGAGGGCUUGGACUACCAGUUAGUGCCAAAAGAGCAAUUCCUCGCUUUCUACAACACGUUUGGCGCUGUCGAUGAUGACCGAGACGUGAUUCAGCGCAAGGUCUCCCUGGCUCGGGAUCGUCAGCAAACAGCCACCUUGCCUGUGGUUCCAACCGACACCGUUCGGACUCUCGGCACCAAGGCCGUUCAAGCCCUCGGGCUGGGCCAGACACCGCACAAUCGGCUCCGUUUCUAUAUUCAUCACCAGGACGAAGAUCGUUACGAGUUGCUGACGAUCGAGAUGAAGACCAAUUGGGAGCAUUUCUUCACCUUCAACCAAGUGGUUCUGAUUGAUGUGCUCGAUGACGAGGGCAAUGGAGUUAUUCAGCCGCCCGCGCCGCGGUCUCGGAACGGCCCAUCGAUGAAUGGUGGAGGAAGCCUCUCCUAUGCGCGUGUUGCCGACCAGAUCCCGGGCGUUUGCGGACUUCAAAACUUGGGCAAUACUUGCUUCAUGGCUUCUUCGUUGCAAUGUUUGUCCAAUGUGCCGCCGCUCAGACAAUACUUUUUGUCUGGUCACUACAAGGGCGAGGUCAACGAGCAGAAUCCGCUCGGAACUGGUGGCGAUUUGGCCCAUGCCUUUGCUGACCUCUUGGAGCAGCUAUGGAGCGGAGAAAACAGCAGCAUCAGCCCGAGGCAAAUUAAGACCGUCAUUGGACAGAUUGCGCCCCGCUUUAGCGGCUUCAGCCAACAAGACUCCCAAGAAUUGAUGGCCUUUGUCCUGGACGGUCUGCAUGAAGACUUGAAUCGGAUCAAGAACAAGCCCUACUUUGCGGAUAAUGACGAGGACGAAAAUAAGUCUGACGAGGAGUUGGCCAAGCUGCAGUGGGAUCAGUACAAAGCACGUAACGACAGCAUCAUCGUCGACAAGAUCCACGGGCAAAUCAAGAGUACUUUGACCUGUCCCACAUGCAUGAAGAUAUCCAUCAAGUUCGACCCGAUCUGCUUCCUUUCCCUGCCGCUGCCCAUCCCUGAGAAGCAAUUUGAGCAAAUGUUUUUGUUGAUGCAGCCUGACAAGAAAUGGGCUCUGUUCGCCAUGAAGGUCACCAGGAGCACCACCGUUCCCGAGGCCACAAAAAUCAUCCAAGACGAUCUGGCGAAGAGCAUUGAAUACAAGGAAAAACCGAUUGUCCUGUGGAAGAUGGACGAGCGUCAGAACGUCCAGUUCCUUCGUGCCGACGACACGGUGGCCAUCAAUAAUUCGUACAGCUCGUACCACCAGCAGCAACACCAUAACAAAAUUUAUGGCAUUUUCGUUGAUUCCCCUGAACAACAGCUCAUGGUCGUGGUCAAGAACCAAUCGGUCAGCAACGAACGCCCCGUUACUUUGCCCUACGUGUUCGCUAUCAGCCCGGGCGUCGAAAUCAAUAGGGAGUGGGUUGACAAUGUGGCGAUGCCGACGAUCCGUAGCGAAUUCUUCAAGGAUCCGCAGCUGGUGCAUGACGCAGACGAAGGAGUCCCUUAUGAGAUCUUUUUCGAGACCCCCGAGGGCCUCUCACCGUUGAACGAAGAAAGCAUCCGCGGGGUCUCCGUGACGACUUUGGUGAUCCGUUGGCAGAAUCCGCAAAUCUUUAAUGGGAAAGAUGGCAAGGCCCUCGUUGAUCGUCAGUGCAGGGUUCCUGUGCCGACGCUGAUAACGCUGAAGGAUUGCAUCGACUUGUUCACCAAGGAUGAGAAAUUGAGCGAGAACGACAGUUGGUACUGCCCUCGCUGCAAGGAGCAUAAGCGUGCUACGAAGCGUCUUGACCUCUGGAAGUUGCCUGAUGUGCUCAUCAUCCACCUCAAGCGCUUCAUCUACGACCGGUGGCAUCGCGAGAAGAUUGGGAUUCAAGUGCAGAUCCCGUCUAGGGGUUUGGAGUUGAACGACAAACUGGCAAAUGACAAGCACGAGCAUCAAUUGCUCCCAUCGCCAGGAGCUGUCGACGGGAUUCCCGUGUUGAGAAGGAAUCAGCCGGACGCUGAAAGGAUGACCAGCAGCACCCGUUGUACACUUCCGACAAUCAUCAGUCUUGAUAUUGCAUUCGCAAAAGUCGGCACCACUGAGGAUUUCUCGAUAAGGAUUAUUGGCGCCUAUCUUUCGACCCGAAACCAGGAGGUCGACCUUGAGGUCGAUCGUCAAGCUUAUUUCACCCGUCAGAUCGCUUUCAAAGAUGUGACGAAAGCGGUCUCCUACAAAUUUGCUGCAAUCCCCCACAUCGACCUUCGACUUCCCUCCGAUUUCUUCUAUCCCAUUAUGCCCAACCCUGCUUCUUCCGUUUCAAUGCCGAUGCUAUAUUUAUCGCUCAUUUUGAUCGUGGCCAGAGCCUGCUUUUAU